AUGAGCUCCACUGCUGAUGAUCCUUCACCUGUCAAGAAUAAUGAAGAUUCAGAUACUAAUAGUUACAGAAAAGAGGUUGGUGAAAAACUAGUUUUUUUUCGAAAUAAAGUUAUUGCCAAGGGGAGCAAUGGAAACCUUGUGUGUGAGGGAAUAUACGACGAUAGAGAAGUUGUCGUAAAACGUCUUCUGAGGACUCACCACAAGGUGGCUACUAAAGAGAUAGAGACUCUUAGAAUAUCAGACGAACACGAGAACAUUGUCAGAUAUUAUGGCGUGGAAUAUGACUGUGAUUUCAUCUACAUCGCUCUCCAACGUUGUAUUUGCAAUUUGGGUGUAUUGAUCUAUGUCUGUGAAAAAUUCUAUGAUUAUGAGGUGGUCAAUCACGACUGUUCUGUCACUUCUGUUGGUAUAUCUCAGAUAGAUCGUUGGGACCCACUUCGUAGUAUUUUCAAAGAUGUUAACCUCAUCAAAGAUGGUCGUCCACUUCCUUUCUUAUCGAAACUGAUGAGGGACAUUGUAAGUGGACUUGUACAUUUACAUGCUUUGGGUAUAAUUCAUGGAGACUUGAAGCCUCAAAACAUAUUGAUAUUUAAAAGACAAGAUGGGACUUUUUGUGCAAAGCUUUCAGAUAUGGGCAUAAGCAGACACCUUCCUCACAACAUGUCUUCCUUGAGUUACCAUUCUUCUGGUUGUGGCACUGUGGGUUGGCGAGCACCAGAAUGUCUCUCUCAAGGUCGACAAACACGAGCAUUGGAUGUGUUUAGUUUAGCUUGCAUAUUUUGCGUGUGCAUCACCGGUGGGCGUACACACCCUUUCGGUCAUGAUUUUCAUCGUGAUUCCAACAUUGCCGAAAACAACGUGAACUUGUCUUUCCUCAACGAAUUCCCAGAAGCUCGUGAUCUCAUUUCCCAAUCAUUACAUCCCAACCCUAAAUUAAGGCCGACGUCAGCCAAAUUGUUGUGCCAUCCAAUGUUGUGGGAUUCGAAGAAGAGGAUUAUGUUCAUAUGUGACACAAGUAAUAGAUUGAGAAAUCUUGAUUGGAGCUCUGAUUUUUCCAAAGCCAUGGAGGCCAUUGGACCAAAAGUCAUAGGUGCAAAAUUAUGUGGGUGGAAGAUGAACCAUUGGGACCAAUUUGUGGAUCAACAAAUGCUUACUCACUUGACUAAUUGUGGCUUCAAUAAUUAUAGGCCUUGGCUUUUUCAAGACCUAUUGAGACUCCAACGAAACUUGUAUAGCCAUAUUGACCAACAUUUCAACUAUAUCAAAGCUCGAAAAACAAAAAAAAAAGAUGUGGAUGAACGAGAUAUCCAACAACAAGAGACACUGGUGAAGGAAGUCGAAAAUCCUGCUGCCUAA